GCAGUGAGCUCUGAGCUCACUCCUGUGGUUUGCUCAUCUGAUUACGUAUUUAUUAGGGAAUACGUUUGUUAUUGUCAAAAUAUUGAUUUAAUAAUUUGUUGUUCAAAAUGGUGGUACGGAAAAUGUUGAGGCCGACGCGUCACUCAUGCGAUAAUCUCUGAAGAUGUUAAUUUGUGGGUCCUACACGUAUAUUAAUUUAUGUUUCGUUUUACUGAAUGGAACCUUACGUUGUAAAAUGUGGUAUGCUGCGUUAAUCAGGUUUAUACGAAGACGUCUUGUCCUUGGAAUUAUAUUUGCAUCUUCUCUGACCUAUUGUAUUGUCAGCUUUCUAAGAGAGGGUAAUAGCAGAAAUAUGAUGUACCAAGAAAUAUUGAUUGAAAGGAAGCCAUUUGUAUGGCGGAGUCUUCAAGAACAUAAAGGUGCAAAUGAUAGUAUCACUUGUAGAAACUCAGUGCAAGGGAAACUGUUAUUAGUUGACGAUAGAGGAUACAUUUGCCAAAGAACUGAUGUUAUGAAGAAUGGUUGCUGUGACCCACUGUCUGACUACUCACAGAGGUACAACUGUGAGUCUUGCCAGGAUAACCACUGCUGUGUUGUUUAUGAGCACUGUGUUUCCUGUUGCUUAGAACCUAGUAAGAGAGAUCUUUUAGAGCUGGUGCUGUCCAAACUGUCAGCGGAAGAGAAUGUGCUUUUUCGCACACUUACAGAUGAUUAUGAACUCUGUCUAACGAAGUGUCGUACAAGUUCUCAUAGUGUAUUACAUGAAAAUUCUUACAAAGACCCAACACAUAAACACUGCUUUGGCCACGAACCACCUAGAUCUAGAACACCAGACUAAUAUAGAUAGAUUUUAUAUUAUAUAUUUAUAUCACAAAAAUAAAUUUAAGUUUAAAAAUUAAUAAAAACUUUAUAAAUAGAAUAAUUUAACUAUGUCAAUGGUGUCGAUUCUGGCAUGAUUCUCCAAACCUAAAGUUAAAUUUGACAACAGUGUAUCCUUGUUAUUUUCUAAACAUAAUGGAAAAGGGAGACUGAUGUUAUAUUAUUUUUUUAGUUUAGAAAGGAAGAAGAAGAACCAUGCCAGAAUCGACACCAAUGUUAAAGUUGCGAUCACAAUCUAAAGUAAUUUAAUACAGAAAAAUAUGGCAUAUAGUGUGACUGCAUGUAAAUGCCAAAGAGUCUUAUUAAGUGUCUUAAAUUCACACAAUUCGUUUGUAUUUCAUUUUAUUAUUUGCUCACUCUUCAAUUAGUGCAGUAAACAAUUUAGUAAAAUUACUUGUUAACAUUUUUUGUGAAUAGCGAUAUCAAAGAAUUUUGUGCUAAAAGUUUUUUUUUGUUAUUCUUUAUAUCGUAGUUGAUGAUCAUCAGUGACUAGUUUGAAUCCGGACUGGAAUAUGUCCUUACACAAAUAUUGCUACUAAGGAACAAAAAGGAACAUUGUAAAAAUUGUAUGUUCAUAACACAAAAUUCCUAUAUCCCAGUAACAUAACUUUAAUGUAAAUUUUAUUGAUAUCUAUUCUCUCCUUUUUUAUCUUUGGUUGACAUGUUAUCUUUUAUGCAAUUAAUAUUUUCUUUCUUUCUAUGACAUCAAGUUCAUUUUUCUGAACACUUUAUUUAAGAUGUGAUUUUAUGUUAAAAAAUCAGUAACGACCCUAUGGGCAAAUACUUAAUAUACCUAGUUAUAUCAUUCGAGCCUUGUUUCUGUGAUAAAUACUCAAAAUAAAAUGGAAUUACGAUUAAUCCAACAAAAUUAAAUCUCUAGAAAUAUUAGUAUAUUGUUAGCAAUCUAUUAAAAAAAUAUGUUGAUGUAAUGAAAUACUAUUACUGUUAUCAUAGAAGACGCAAUUGAAAAGCAGUACCUACUUAACGCAAAUUGAAAAAAAAAGUUUAGUAAAUUUUGUGCAAGAAUUUUUUGAUAAGAAUAAGGUUUUUUGUCAAAGAAGAAGAAUAAGUUGAUACCAUUUCCUAUCGCCCCUUCAAUACUAUUAGCAUAUUUUAACUGCCUAGUCUUGGUUUUUUUACGGAGACGCAGAGCGUUGCGCAUCGCUUGUGGAGUGGUCUUUUGCGGCCCGUCUAGGUUUACCAUUUAGGAAUUUCAAAAGUUUUGACAUUUCGAAAAAAGUCCGGACUUUUUAGUCACAAAACGUACCAUUAAUCACUUGGUUACAAUGGUUUAGUAUUUAAAUCAAUAUGUACCUUUAUUAUUCAUAUUCAAUGUAAUUUAAAAAAUCCGGACAAUUUAACGACAAUAAUACGACGAAAAUAUUUAGACUAUAGUCUAAACCUUCGGACAUGUCCGGACUAAUCCGGACCCUAGAC